UUGAAGGUUGAGUUAACCCUAAUUUUUUAAGGCUUAUAAAAGCUACUUUAAGAAUAAAGUUGAAAAAAAUACUUUUUAUUUUUAGAACUUUAUCAAAAUUAUGUUUGACCACAAUUUUUCUUAAAAAAAAUAUAGAAGUAGAAAAUAAAUUAGGACGGUGAAACUAAUCUUUUACAAUAAAAAAAUUAAAAAACAUUUGUAAAAUAAAAAAUAAUUCAAAACUGAAACUAUUUGUAAGAUAAACAGUGGGAAGAAACCAGGAAAAUAAAUUAAAGUAUUUAGCAAAGAAACUUCAAAGUAUUGACCUGGAAGCUCUUUCGUUACGAUGAUAAAACCGAUUCUCAGUUAAGUUUUUCUGAUUAUCAUCACUUCAUCAUCAUAUUCAUCAUCCAAAUUGUAACAAAAUCAAACAAUGAUGAAUCAGAAAGAGAUUAAGCAAAUUACUUCAUUAACCACUUCUCGUUUAUCACCACUAGCAAAACCCUUCACUCUCAAUAAUCGUUCUUCCUUUUUGUCACCAAAACCCUCUUUCAAUUCCUUCAAUCAUUCUGAUGAUGAUGAUGAUAGUGAUGACCCUUUUAGUUCUUUGCUUGAUUCUUUUCGUAAAAUGGGUCGUUCUGUUUCUUUGAAUGAUAAUGUAAAAACUGCAACUUUUCCAGUUGGUGCUUCUACGAGUCAGACCCAUCAUGAAAUUUCACUUUUUGAAGGAAACCCUUUUCUUGAAUUGCCUAAAAAUGGUGACUUUGAUGAACUUCAUUGGUCACACUUUGAGGUUGCUAAUUCAACUGGUGAUGUGAGCAUGUUUCAGAAAGUUAAACCUGCUGAGGGCAUUUUCGAAAAAAGUACUGGUAUAGUUGUGGGAAAAGGCAUUCUGUCGAAUUCUGAAGGCACAAAACAAGCUGCUGAUGAGUCUAGCUCCUUUCUUAAGGCACAAAACAAGGUUGCUCCACUGAAGAUUUCAACUGAUAUGUCUUCUACUAAAAGCACUCCUCAAAAUCAGUUCUCCAAUAAUUUGGGUGAUAGUGAAACUGAUGUGGAUUCUCCUUGUUGGAAGGGAACCAUGGCUAUUAGUUUUGUUCCAUCAGAAAUUGCACAAUCUGUACCGUUUCAUCAUGUUGAGAAACCAACAGAAAAACAUAACACUUUAAAUCCUCGAGCUCCACAGUUCUUUCCUGGUAUUGGAUAUGUUCAGGACGAUUUUGUGUCUUUGAACUCUACUGUUCCUGUAAAUACUAAUUUGUUGUCAGGAGAGGACACACUCAUGAAAACUGUCAUGGCAGAAGAGUCCCUAAUAGAGUUGAAUAAGCAAGAGCAUCAGUAUUCUACGAACAUCAGCGGAAUAGAAAAGGCGUUCAAUAUGGUUAAUGAUCGUAGCUCUGUGGAUCCUCUGCUAAAUUCACAUUCUACGACGACUCAGUCUUCUUCUAAAGAAGAAUUCACGACUUCAAAAGGAAAACUUGUAACUAUAGGUGAUGCUGUUGAAUUUGUAAAGGGAACUGAAAAUUCCAGGGCUAAUAGGUCAACAAUGAGUGAGUUUUUCCCUCCAAAGGGCCAUUCUCCAACAUCGCCGGCAUCAUCAUCUCAAGUCAAUGUUUAUACUGAUCUUCUAAAAACAUUUGAAGGUUUCUCCAAGUCUAUACUCGAAUCUCCAAAACCGAGUGUUAAGAUAGUGGUUGGCGCAAUGCAUGUUCUUUCAGAAUUGCUUGCACAAACCUGUAUUGACGGAGUUGAUUCAUAUAGUGAACAUGAUAAUAGCACGACUACAAUCCUGCAAAUACUCAAUAAUCUGAAUGAUUUUAAUGCAAAAGUAGGUGGUGAAAGGAUUUCAACUACAGCCUUUGACUCAACUCCAGCAAAUAGUUCUUUUUGUCUCGAUAGGCCAUUAAAGCUUACCAAGGGACUCGAAAUGGCCAAUGUAGAGACCCUUACUGUUCCACACCAGCUGUAUCUGCAAAGUGAUUAUGUUGGAAAAAAUACAGUCUCUAACGUGAUUGGUCAGACUGGACUGAGUUCUUUUGCAUCUAGCAGUGGAGGAGGCACCAAGAACGGCAAUGAAGUUGGUCAGGUCAUUCGAAGAAGUCUAGGGAAAAAUGUGGAUUUUGACAAACAAAUGCACCCAGAGGCAUCAUUGUUUUGGAAUUUAUGGCUUGAUUCUGAAGCAGAACGUUGUUAUAGGAAGUUUAAAACUUAUCAUUGGCUUAUGGAAGCUGGUGUGGAUGUAAAUUGCAAAAAUGUUGCGGAGUUGUGGAGAUGACACUUGACAGUGCCAAAUAGUUUGUAGAUUUGCUAAGAUACAUAAUAGAAGCUGCACACGAUGGAGCUUUCAUACAUAUUCCCUAUUAACUAAUUCCUGGGUGAAUUUCUACUUGUACAAAUGUCACUGAUCCACGUGAAUCCUAUAGAUCUGGACUGCUAUCAAGACGAAGACAACAUUGUACUACGGCCCCACUUAAUUUAUUUUGUUCUUGUGGUUUGUCUUUAAUUUGGCAGAAAUAUGCACAAGCUAGUAAGUCUAACUAUUUCAAAUGAUAAAAACUUUCUGUGUACAUGUUGAUCUAUCGUCGGUAUCUGGAUAGUUAGGUUUAUUAACCUUUUGUUUUCGUGUAUGUUGAUCUUCCAAUGUGAAUACAAAUCAAUA